AAGAGAGAAAAAGAAAAGAAAAGAAAAGAAAAGAAAAGAAAUGGAGAAGAGCGGAAGAGGUAAGAAGAAGGUGAUGGUGGCGAUUGACGAGAGCGAGUUCAGCCUCUACGCCCUCGAAUGGACCCUCCAGAACCUUCUAGAAACUCUAGAAGAUUCGAAGCUCGUCAUCUUCACUGCUCAAUCCCUCUCCGAUUUCGGUUUUCUCUAUGCUUCAUCGUAUGGAGCCGCGCCUAUUGAAUUAGUUACUUCUUUGCAAGAAAACAAUAGGAAGAUUGCUGAAGCUUUGUUGGAGAAAGCAAAGGGCAUUUGUACUACAUAUGGGGUGAGUGGUGAGACCAUUACACAAGUUGGAGAACCUAAAGAAGUCAUAUGUGAAGCUGUGGAAAAGCUCAAUAUAGAUUUACUUGUUCUUGGCAGCCAUGGCCGCAGAGGUUUGCAGAGGGCUUUUCUUGGAAGUGUUAGUGACUAUUGUGUUCACAAUGCCAAAUGUCAUGUUCUAGUAGUCAAGAAAAAUGAGUGAGCCUCACAUUGCUACUACUAUUAGGAUGCUUGUAUUUACAUCUAGUGUUCCAAUAAAUCAAUAAUUUGUAUGUAUAUCAAGUGUAGUCAUUAUCUGGUGUUUGCUUUUCCUGCUUUUAUUUCGAAAUAAAUUCACUCUUGUUGCUUGUGACACCUUUAUGUUAUAGAGUGAUCAUAUAUAUAUCAGAGUA